AUGAUUAAAGCAUUUAAAAAUAAGUACAGUCAAACUAUCUUCGAAACCGAAAAAUUAAAAGAUGUUCCUCAACAAUUUCGCCAUAUUGCCAAAAGAGUUUGGCGGAAAUUAGAUAUUCUUGAUGCUGCUCCUAAUCCAAAAAUCUGUGAAGAAAUAUUAGGCAAAAAGAAUUAUAAACCUCUAAAAGGAAAUCGAAAAGCCACCACCCUAUCCCGAGCUAUUCAUCCCGGAGAAAUCCUAAAAAAAGAAUUAUUAACUCCGCAAGGCAUUAGUCAAGCCGAGUUAGCUCGGAGUAUUAAUGUCUCGGUACGCCGAGUUAAUGACAUUUGCCAAGGCAAAAGGGGUAUUACUCCCGAUACUGCUUUACGCUUAGCCCUUUAUUUUAAUUUAGGAAAUGAAGGACUAGUCAAGAGAAAGCCAUCAGGAAACAAAUCCAUUCUUUGCCUUGCUCGAAAAGAAUUUUUAAAACCAGCUCAAAUUACCCAAAGCAAAUUAGCUACUGAUAUUAAAGUAUCUUUUCGGCGAAUUAAUGACAUUUGCCAAGGCAAACGACCAAUUACGGUUGAUACCGCUGAAGCCAACCAGAAAAUUCUCCAACAAGAAAUUAAACCUUUAAAAUUAACUAAUUCAGCAGGACUCCGCAGAGCGCAAGCCGGAGAAGCCUUGGAACUAUUAACUAAUUUAGAAAACAAUAGCGUUAGCCUAGUUUUCUUAGAUCCCCAAUAUGAACCAGUAAAAAAGGUUCUGUCGGUUAAUUAUCCACUUUAUUCCCAAAGUGAUUAUCAAAUAUUAAGAAUAUUAGAGCAAAUUGAGCGAAUAUUAAAACCAAAAGAAAAUGUUUUGCCAACUAAAAAAAGAAAACAUCCCCAUCAAAAACCCCGAGAAUUAAUCAAAGCCUUAAUUUCUGCUACCACUAAUGAAGGUGAUUUAAUAAUUGACCCUUGUGCUGGUUCUUUUGUAGUUUUGGAAGCCUGUCAAGAGUUAAGGAGAGAAUUUUUGGAAGCCGAGCAAUCAGGAAUAGCCGAGUGUUAUCGCUAUAUUUCUACUUUCUGCCAAAAUUGUGGUCAAUGCAAUUCUUGUCAGCAAAGAACUCAAUUAAACCCCUACUCUACUGCCGAUUUACUAAUCGAAGUUAUUAACCGAGCUGAUUAUGAAGCCCUUAUCAAUUGA